AUGGGAACGCGAAGAGGCGUUCGAGGCGAUACAAGAGAAGCGCGACAUUUUCGGGUGCGCCUCAAGUUUCUGAAUUUUCUCUUUCUCUGUCCCUCGCUGUGGAGCAUUCACGCCAUUCGCCCGGAAGAGAUUUCAGCGAAAAUGCUGAGAAAGAAGAAACACAGCCUGAACGAGAUCUCUCACGAAACGGCCAUUUCGCUGAUUCUUCGAACGGUCCAAAGCGGAGUCAAUGUGGCAGAAGUGGCCGAAAAGGCUGACUCGCUGUACCCGGUUGUCAGCGCCGCCUCCAUUCUCGCGAAAGUCUCCCGCGACCGCAUGCUCGUUCAGUGGAAGCCUCACGGUCUCCAGCCGGCAGAGAACGAAAAAGAACCGGAGAACGCGGAGGAGAAAGCAGGCAGACUGGACGCGUCCUCUGGAGGGGAAAAGUCUGAUGCGUCGCCUUCCUCGGGAAAGCGAGAGGGAGACGAGGCACAGGCCGAGGAAGCAGAGGAAGGGCCGAAGAAGAAAAAGAAGAAGGAGACGAAGGAGAAAGGAGAAAAGGAGAAAAACGCAAAGAGUGCGAAGGGCGCUGUCUCUUCUCCAACCUUUGGGAGUGGCUAUCCAGGAGACGCCGAAACGGUGGCCUUCUUGAACAAAAACUGCGAUCCCGUGUUUGGCUUCGACGGCUUCGUCCGCUUUAGCUGGUCGACUGCUCGGCUUAUAUUCGAGAAACGCGGCGUGCCGGUGGAAUGGUACGAGGAAGUCGAAGAAGAAGCGGCAGGAGCAAGCAAGGCGAAACAGAGUCGGAUCACAAAUUUUUUCGCGGCAAAGCGCGAGGCCACGGCAGGGGGCAUUGACAGAGCCCCGUUUUUCGUCAAGUCCAAAUUACAGUUGCUCUCGGAACUGACUGCUUGA